CUGUGGCUAUUAAUAGGAUUUAGAAUUGAUGAACUUAGCUCAAGUUUUUGCUGGCCCCUUUGUUAGUGUAUGAUGCAAAAAGAAACUCAUGGGUAGUCUGUUAAAUAGUGAUAAAAAUUCAAUUUUUUUGUUAAUGCUCAUAUUAUUUGUUUUCUUGAUUCUAUGGGGUUGUUAAAGAGUGAUCAAGAUUCAAUUUUGUCAAUGCAAAAUUUGCUUUUUUUUAAAAAAGUUUGUCUUUUUUUCCUAUUUAUAGUAUUUAGAAUUGAUAAACUUAGUGCAAGUUUUGCUGGCCCCUUUCUUUUCUCUCUCUCUGCUUCUUCAUAGGUUUAAGAUUGGCUGCAACUUUCAUUUGGCAUCAUUGACAUUGAGGGUUUGGUUGAAAUGGAUCCGAGGUUUAAUGGAAAUCCGAGUUAUUUGAAUAAUUUUGGAUUAGGGAACCAAUCAAUACCUAUUUCUUCAGAUCAGAGGAUGAUUAAUGGACCAAGAUUUGAACUUAUUUAUUCAGAUCAGAAGCUACUCAACGGUCCUAGACUUGAAAAUAACUUUGUCCAACACAAUUUUGGAGCUGUUGGAUUUAUAAAUGGCGACCAUUUACCGACUAAUGUACAAUCAAGAACUGACGAGGACGACUUCAAUGAAGAUAUUGAUUUCUCGGAUGCAGUUUUGAGCUACAUAAAUCAGAUGCUUAUGGAAGAAGACAUGGAGGAAAAAACCGACAUGCUUCAAGAGUCGUUGGAACUUCAAGCAAAAGAGAAGUCGUUCUAUGAGGCCCUUGGCAAGAAGUAUCCACCUUCACCUGAGCAAAACGCGUUUCCUAAACAGAAUAGUGAGAGUCCUGAUGACUACUUCUCAGGAAGUAUAUACAAUUCCACAAGCAACAGUUCUGCGGACUACAAUUCCUCUUACUUGGAAGGUCUUUCAUUUCGUAAUACUUCGUAUUCUUCAGUAUGCUCAUCAAAUAGUGGGAGUAAUAAUAUUGUAGAUGGAUUCUUAGACUCUCCUGUUAGUUCUUUUCAUAUUCCGGAUAAUAUGUAUGAUGAGAGUCAAUCUAUUUGGAACUUUCGGAAAGGAGUUGAAGAAGCAAGCAAGUUCCUCCCAACUAGUAAUAAGUUGUUGAACAGUGUCGAUAUAAAUGACUUGCCACCUCAGGAACCCAAAGAGGAAAAGGAUGAGGCGAGAGGGAAGAGAAAUCCUCAGAGGGAUGAUAAUUAUAUCAAAGAAGAAAGGAGUAGCAAACAGGCCGCGGUUUUUACAGAAUCAACUCUACGAGAUGAGGAGUUUGAUAUCGUCUUGCUGAAUACCAUGGGGAAGGGAGAAGAAGCACUAGAAGCUUAUCGACAAAACCUGAGGAGUGCUAAAAGCAAAAAAACCACAAUACGGAUAUCGAAAGGAUCAAAAGGAGGAAAGGGCCGCGGGAAAAAACAAAGUGGAAAAAAAGAAGUCAUAGAUUUAAGAACUCUCUUGAUAACUUGCGCGCAGGCUGUUGCUGCUGAUGAUUCCAGGACUGCGAAUGAACUGUUGAAACAGAUCAGACAACAUUCGUCCCCUUUUGGAGAUGGAAACCAGAGAUUAGCUCAUUGCUUUGCGGAUGGUCUUGAGGCGCGUUUGGCUGGUACUGGUAGCCAGAUUUAUAAAGCCCUUGUCAACAAACGAACUUCGGCAGCUGAUCUUUUAAAGGCCUACCAUUUGUAUCUCGCAUCUAGCCCGUUCAGGAAGAUCUCGAGUUUUGCUUCGAACAAGACAAUUAUGAUAAAGGCAGAGAACGCAACAAGGGUUCAUGUCAUUGACUUUGGCAUACUAUAUGGCUUCCAAUGGCCUACGUUCAUUCAACGUAUUGCAGAAAGAGAAGGGGGCCCACCAAAGCUUCGUAUAACCGGUAUAGAGUUUCCUCAACCAGGGUUCAGGCCGGCGGAACGAAUCGAGGAAACAGGUCGCCGUUUGGCUGAUUAUGCUCGGUCCUUUAAUGUUCCGUUUGAAUACCAUGCGAUUGCAAAGAAAUGGGAGACCAUCACGGUUGAGGAUCUAAAGCUCGACAAGGAUGAAUUUCUUGCUGUCAACUGCCUGUAUCGGUUUAAGAACUUGCAUGAUGAGACAGUUGACAUUGACAGUUCAAGAACUGUCGUUCUAAACCUCAUAAGAAAGAUUAAUCCAGAUAUAUUCGUCCACGGUAUUGUCAACGGGUCCUACAGUGCCCCGUUCUUCGUAACGCGAUUUCGCGAGGCAUUAUUCCACUUUUCAGCACUUUUUGACAUGCUUGAAACUGUUGUUCCCCGUGAGAUUCCAGAAAGAGGAUUAAUUGAGAGAGAGAUUUUUGGGAGGGAGGCUCUCAACGUCAUAGCUUGUGAGGGGUGGGAAAGAGUUGAAAGGCCAGAGACAUACAAGCAGUGGCAAGCUCGUAUGCUAGGGGCAAGGUUUAUGCAGAUACCUUUUGACCGGGUGGACUUCGUGAAUAGGGCAGUAGAAAAGGUGAGGUUAGGUUACCAUAGAGACUUUGUAAUCGAUGAAGAUAGCCAGUGGUUGUUGCUGGGCUGGAAAGGAAGAACAAUUUACGCCUUAUCUUGUUGGAAACCUGUUUAAGAAACCUGAAACACAUAAUAACUUCCUUUUAAGUCCCAAGUCCAUCCACACAUUUGCAGAUCAAAUGCAGCUUAUGCUUCAAUAACCAACGGAUCAUCAGACAAGAUGAGGCUUCGGUACAUGUUCUUGGUGAUGAUCAUCAGCGUAUAAAGCGAAGGACUUGAUCCUGAAUGGAAUGACUGAUUGAAUCGAUAUUUCAUAGAAGAAUGACCAAGACCAUAAAAUCAUAAGUUGAACGGCUAGCUGACAAGCCAUUGCUGCAUGGUAUGCAUCAGAUAUGUAUUCCGGAAUUUUGUGAACUUAGCAGUAUAUAUUAGUUUGUUCAAUGAGCCGUUUAAUUGGGAGGAUAACCUGUUUUAUAUCAGUUUAAUUUCUCCAUUUUAUGAUGCAUUAGCCGUUUGAACUAAAUGUUCAAGUGCGGUAAGGAUUUAGAAGAAUAACUGACUCCAGCUAGUUUGCAACUUUGGAUUGAGGCAUAGUUGAUUGAUUGAUUUAUGAUGUAUUAACCGUUAAUAGUAAGUGUACGUUCGGGUGAACUAAAGAUCAAUUUCUGGGCAAUUU